AUGCCAGAAAUCAAAGGAGUUAUUACCAUCCUACACUUCAAUGAUGUUUAUAAUGUGGAGGAGCAACAGCAAGAGCCUGUUGCUGGAGCCACUCGAUUUUGCUCCGCAUUGAAGAGCUUUGGCCACUUGGACCCAUUGAUUCUUUUCAGUGGGGAUAUUCUUGCUCCAUCCAUCAUGAGUACGUUUACAAAAGGAGAACAAAUGAUUCCGGUUCUCAAUACCUGUGGUGUUCAUUGUGCUUGUUAUGGAAACCAUGAUUUUGAUUUUGGUGUAGACAAUCUGAUGGAAUUUGCUCGAAAAACAAAUUUUCCCUGGCUCAUCAGUAAUGUUAUUGACAAUGGCACUUCAGCACCUUUGGCAGAUGGCAAAGUGACUUGCAUUUUAAACAAAAAUGGAAUCAAAUUAGGUAUAAUUGGACUUGUUGAAGAAGAAUGGUUGGCAACUCUCGCAACCAUAGAUCCAGAAGACGUUACUUACAUUGAUUUUGUGACGGAAGGACGAAAGCUUGCCAGGCAGUUGAAAGAUAAGGAGAAUGUUGACUUUGUAAUAGCUUUAACCCACAUGAGAACACCUAAUGAUUGCCGACUUGCCGAGAACGUGGAUGAAAUAGAUUUAAUCUUGGGAGGACAUGAUCACGUGUAUGAAAUAAAAAAGGUCAAUGGCAAAAUGAUAAUAAAAAGCGGCACGGAUUUCAGAGAAUUUUCGAAAAUAUCUUUAAAUUUCAACACACAUCCAGCUGAGAUUAAUGUUGAAAAAGUCGAAGUUACCUCUAAGUUUAGUGAGGAUGAAGAACUUAAAGAGCAACUUUCUGUUUAUCGAGAUAUUGUCGCCGGAAAAAUGGAUGAAGUGCUUGGUCAUUUUUCCACAGAUCUAGAUGCCCGUUUUUCAAGCAUUAGAACUCAGGAAACAAAUAUAGGCAAUUUCAUAGCAGAUGUCAUGCUGUCAUCAACGCACUCUGACUUGGCCCUCCUCAACUCAGGGACGCUUCGUGCCGAUCGUAUCCUGCCCAAAGGAGAUUUCACGCUCAGGGAUUUAGUCAAUUUGCUGCCAAUGAUGGACCCCAUGAUUGUGCUCAAUGCCCCAGGGGAGAAUAUUUACCUGGCUUUAGAAAAUUCGGUGUCACAAUAUCCAAAACUAGAAGGUCGUUUUCCUCAAGUUUCCGGUGUUAGUUUUGCAUUUGACCCUAAAAAGCCACCAGGAAGUCGUAUCGAUCCACGUUACAUAAGAAUAGGUGACGAAUAUUUAGAUAUGAAUCAGAAAUACCGUCUAGCCACUAAAAUGUACAUGCAUCAAGGUCGUGAUGGUUAUGACGCUUUGAAGGAAUGUGAAGUCCUGUUAAAUGAAGAAGAGAGUCCAGAACUACGCACAGCUGUCCAAAAUCAUUUCGAGUCCAUUAAGGUUGUUACAGGUGUUGUGCAUCAUAAAAGUCGUCAUCGUCAGAGCUUAGUGUGCUUAUCUCGAAGGCACAGUGUUGUAAAAAUGUUUGAGGAAUGCAGUCAGUCCACCCCUAGGGCACCUUUAAAACGAGGAGUGAGCUUAGAUGCAAUGGCCAAACGAAAUCUUUUCAAAUUUCAAGACAAAUCAUCGAAAACUUCCAUCGACAAAGUAGAGUAUGAGCAGUGUAAGAUGGAACCUAAAGUAGAAGCAAGAAUUGUUAUUCUCACAGAUGAAGUAAAAGAUCAAUUAGAAAGAAAACGGCAAGAAUAUAUUGCUCUUACUGUAGAUGCUGUGAUUGAAGAAGAUGAAGAAAAUGCAGAUCAAAAUUAAGUUUCAGGAUUAUAUGCUCCUUUUCCUUUUUAUGCCACAGCAGUUAAAAAUGCUACUUUUAUCUUUUUUGCUAUUUAUAGGUUCCAGUUAUUUAUCUGAAAAAAAUCUUGCAAUUAAACUGUGUUCAUUAUGUGGGACUUUGACAGGUUGUCUUUCAGGAUGGAAAGGGUUGGGUUGAUAGGAAGAAUGAUACCCCUGAUUUUUCAGAAAAUUCAAAAAUGCAUAUAAAACUGGAUGAAAAUGGUUUAUGUACAUGCACAUAAACAUAUAUUUAUGUAUUAGAGGCACAAGAUCUUCCAUCAUAAGAUGAAAAUGAUGGUGGACAGAGAAAUAAAAGAUUCUUUUGUAGAAAAAGUACGAUUUGCAGGACAAGACUUUUAUUUAAACCUUUUCUUUAAAAAAUGCAUCAAAAACAUAUAAAGCUUUGCAGGUAUGAAGGGCGAUUCAACAAAAGGUGGUUUUGAGAAUAAUGCAUUUGAAACUUUCUUGGUAGAGCGUCACUAAAAAUGGUGUCACUUUUUACAUAUGUUGAUGGAGAACAAAUGGCGAACUCAACAUAAAAAAUAUACCUGCACAUUCUCUGCUGGGUCUAGAUUCUAACUGGGGGGGGGGGGGGAGCAAAAGCUUAGUUAGUGUUGAGUUUGCACUUUGUAUCUGCAGCGUUUCAUAUGUACUUUGAAGUAUAGUUAAAUUUUUUUGUAUGAAAAGGUAACGCUUAAUCGUCCAGCAAUACAUUAAUCUUUAUUUUUCUACAACAGUAUAUAGACCCCAAACUUGGCAAUUUUCGAUAGGAUUAGCCAAAAGAUGGCAACUUUAAUCUUAUGCUUGGAGUAAGGAAGAGAGGUCCUUUGGUUGGAGGAUGCUGAAAACAAAUGCUAACGCAGUGCAGAGUAUAAUGUCUCCCCAUCAUGUUUCAUGCACUAUGGCAACUGCACAUCAUUAUGGGAUACUAAGUGCAAAAUUUUUGCUCGUUUCUUAGGAAGCCUUUUUUCGCAGAUCAAACCAAGUAGAAAUUAGCUUGAAAUUCUGUUAUCGAGUAACUCCCACUCAAUAUAAUUACUGUUUACUAAACUUAGCCGCUCGCACCAAAAGAGUCAUUUUUCUACUUACAAAGGUAAAAUGAAUAAAGGUAGGUGCUCAAAAAAUUUGACAAGGUUAGGUGUCGCAAAUUUUUUAGGUUGAUUUUGUGGGGGAAAAAACUCUUCAGUGUAGUGGGGGCGGGGGUCAGGAUAAAAUAAAAUUUGGAUAUAAAAACAUUUAGCAUUUGACCAUGUUAGCAAAACCCCAAUUUUGGAAUUUCCGCCUCUCUUGAUUUAAUUCUACUGUGUACAUUCAUGUCAUUAAGGGAAAAUGGAGGAAAAAUAAAACUGAUUAGGGUUGAACACAGUAGUGGAUUUACCAUGUCUAAAAUGUUGCAAUUGAAAAAAGCCCCAAAAAGGCAAAUGAAAAAUAUUUUAUACAGUUCUGCUAAUCUGUAAGGGCCCCCGAAAACUGCAUUGUGAGAGACUGGCAAACCUGUAAAUCCGCCACUGGGAGUGAGUUCAUGACAGAGUGAAUUCAUGAGGAGCAAAUACAAAAGAAAGCAAACUUUGAAACCUGAUUAAAAUAUAUUGUUCGUUUGCUGCUAGAAUUUUUAGUCCUAUUCAAGACACAGGAAAGAUGUCUAAUAAAAUAAAUUUGUCCAAAACAUGCAGCUUUGGUUGUCUACAACACUCAUUUUAUUCAAUUACCUGCCAGUGAAGUAAUUAUGAUUAUUUUAUGUUAACUACUAUUAGUUAAGUUAGUUAAAAUUUGAUCCAAAGAGCUAUUUAGGUUGAGGAAUUAACUGAUGUGUAUCAAAAUGAAUUUGAGAAUAAGCAUCAAAUUUUAAAAGUAAACACUCAAUGAAAUAAAUUUAGUUCAAAGCAACGUGGUUUUAUUAAAUUGUGGCUACUUUUUGUAUGCUUCACAAAUAAUGAAAAUUUUAAAGUGAUUAAUUAUGCAUCAGGCACAAUUCCUCCUCCUAAUAUAAUGUUUAAAAAUCUUAGUGAAGGACCUCUUUACCAAGCUCUGCCUUUGGCCUAAUGCCAUAAUUAGAUUUUCUUUUUUUUUUUUUAAAUAUUCAUGUAAAAUGUCUUAAGAUAAAAUUCCAUUUUUAUAUGCAAAUUGAUAAAAGACGUUGUGGCCUCAUAAAAACUGUUCAGCACUAUGUUUCAUGGCAUUUUAAUGAUUAUUAUUAAUGUCAGCUAAAAAUUUACUUUUAGCAUUGAGUGUUUUACUUAUAUCUUAGUUUUUAUGGUUUGAUUUGUCAGUAUAAAUAUAAAUGUCUAAAGUAAAUUGAUAAAAUUUUUAGCCUAUAUGGAAUUGAAUAAUUUGUAAUGAUGCUAUCAAACUUAAACUAUGCUUUGCUUCACAAAUAAUAAUUUAAAAUGUUUUCCAAUUUUGCUCUGUUUUAAGAAGAAAAAGAUUCUGAAUUUCCUCUAGAUAAAACCUCGUAAUUUUAAAAGUAUUAUGUGUAAACUUGAAAAAAGUACAGAUAAUUUAAUCAGUUAUUAUAAUUCUGCAAGGAUUGGGGACAUUUUGUUUGAGAAUGUUUCCUAUGGGAACUUUGCAAAUAUCUUACUGAUAAAAGCUAAGAUUUAAUAAAUGUAGAUAGAGUUGAACUGUUGGAAAUUUCAUUUCAUCUGUGUGAUCUAUUCAAAGUUAUUUUUUACUGGUAUUUUCUUUAGCACAUUAGGUACUUCUCAUUUUUGUAGUACAAAUGAAGCUUAUUUUUUGUUUCUUAUAUUGUUCCUAUUGCUUGUUAUUUAUCUUUCUACUGCAUAUUUUCUAUUGUUUUCAAUUUACAGUUGGGGAAGAUUCUUUCUAACAAACAUGGGAGAUUCCUGUUAGGGAGGGGCAAGCAUUGGUGCAACAAGAUAGUGGUUUUUAGUUACUUUCUCACCCCACCCACCUUGUUCAAAAGCUGGAAAUCGCUUGAAAUUAUAUUCCUCCUCUCCCCUAAAAAACAUUUUAUGCUACUUUUUGUCAGAUGAGGGCAGAAAACUGGUUAUGUGGCUCUCCCUCGGAAUGUUUUCAAAAUUGAAGUCCUAAAAUUACUAUUUUGAAUUAUCUUUGGUGACAUUCUGAAAGAGUAAGAGUUUGAGGUUUUUUUUCCUAGGGAGGGGCAGUUGUCCCUCUGUGGCUAUGCCCAUGCUAACAACAACAGCAAAAAAAAAAAGAUAAUGAAGUAUGACUUAUCAAAUGCUUUUUUCCCCCUGUUAGCCACUGUAAAUGAUAUUAGCACAUGUUUUCAAACUUAUAUAUUUUCUGCUUCUUGCCAAUUUUAAAGUAUUUUUGUAAUACUUCUAUGUUUAUAUAUUAUCUUAUUCUAAUUGUAAUUGUGAAUCAAUGUUUUUAUUGUAUUUUUAUAAUCUUUUAUUGGCACGUGUUAUAUUGUUAUGGUUUUAUGAUAAGUCGUAUAUGUAUUUACUUAUCUUGAGUAUUCUCCAAUCGUUGUACAGAAAAUUAAAGCUCAACAAUUAAGAUUUUCCUUUUUCUUUUUGCAUUUAAAAAGCAUUUAUUAUUCUUUUACUCAAACUGGUACUGAUUCGAUAUGUUGAUGAGAAGUUAUGAGACAAUUCUAAAAAAUUUUAUUUUUUACAUAUAUUAUUUUCAUAACAAUAGAAAUUGAUCUUAAAAACAGUUGAAAAUUAUUGUUUCAAAUUGAAAAGAAGCACAAGGGAUUUAUUCAUUUAUUUAUUUUAAUGAUUAAAAAUGCAACAACUCUUCAUUUUUAUCCAUUUUCAUUAUAUGAACUAUUUUGAUGCUUACCAAUUUUUUUGCUUUUUUUUUUUAAAUCUUAAGUAGUGCUGUAGAUUUGAGUACUUUAUGCAUCAUUUUAUUACCUUUUUCUCAAUUUUGUUAGAUAAAAAGAGCUAAAGUAACACUUCAACAAAAUAAAUUUAUAGAAAAUAGAUUAAAAGUGUGUUCUAAUCCUUGCUGCAUCAAGAUAAUGAUUUUUAAUGUAAAGUCAAAGAAAAAAAUUGAAGCUGUUGUGAAUUUACCAAAGCAAUAAAUAAAGAAAUUAAAAAAAAAAAAAAAAACUAAUUUUAAUAAGUAAGUAAAAGAUUAAAAAAAAAAAAAGAAAAAGGAUUUCUUUUAAAUAUGCAUUGUCUGAGUUUUUGUGACAUUACUUUUUACAAUGUCUGAAUAUUCCAGUUUUCUGUGUUAUAUUGCUUCUUUGGUUUUGAAUAUUCAUUUAAAUUACAUCUAGUCGUUUAAAUUAUAUCAAUCUAAAAAUUUAUUUUAUAAUGUGAAAAAAUGCAAUUUAGUGUAAUUUUGUGAUUUUGAUUAUUUAUGUUAUAUCAAUUUUUGUUAAAUAAUUAAGCUUACAGUCAUUGGCUGUAAUUAAUUUAUUUAGAAAAAGUAUAUUUUAACCUUGUUAAAUUAGUACUGUUUGAACUUUAUUAUUGUUGAUUCUGAACUUUUAAUUAAUUAUUAUUAUUAUCAUUUGAACAUACCGGUGAAAAUUUGUUCUUAUUAUUUACUCAUUACUGAAAGCAAGAAGAAAAAAAAUUUCAUGAAAACCUUGCAUACAGCACUUUACUAUGCAAUGUAAAUAUUUUGAAGUUGCUUAACAAAUAUUUCAUACUUCCACUGCUUUGUUUAGAUUUUCUAUUUCUAUGCAUAUUGUUUAUCAUUUAUAUUAUGUAUUUACAUUUUUCUUAAAAGACUUUUAUUCUAAUAUUUGUCAUACAAGUUGAGCAAUUACCAAUUUUAUAUUCUUCUGUGAUAAAAUCAAAAAGACUUUAUUUUAUUCUGUUUUCUUUAAUUUAUUUAAAACGAAAAUGAAAAUAAUCAAUCCAGUGCAUAUAAUUUCUGGAGCCAAACAAAACUAACAAUAAUGCUACCCUUGAUAUAUUUAAAAAUUAUUUUUAGAAAAUUAUCUUAAUAGAACAAUAUUAAUAGUGAUUCAUUUAUCAACUAUGACAUUACUCUUAUUUUAAUGCGAGGUAAUCUUUUUAUGCAUCAAUAAUUUGUCAGAAUUGCAAUGAAAAAUUCAUCAGAAGCGUGACCAUGUUUAGUAAUGAUAAUACAAAACACUUCCAACUGUUUCAAAUACAGUCAAACCUUUUUAAUGCGAACCCAAUUGGGACAUCAAAAUACUAUCAGAGUAUUUUCUUUACUGUAAUAGGAAUUUCUAGCCACUCUAAACAAUUUAUGUCAUUAUAAUACAGAUUUUAAGGGGCUGUUGAUAUUUCAAUGAAGAUUUCUAGUUGUCAUUUUCCUUAUUUUAAUACAUACUUUUCAGAAUUUCUGUUUUUAAAUAUUUGGGCUUGAGUUUGGAACAUGUAUUCAUUCAAAUGUUGUGAGUAGCAGAUGUUGAUAUUUUAGCUCGCUUUUUUAAGCAUUGAUUUCUGGUAUGGUUUAUCUUGACUAUGCAGCAUUCCAAUUAGAAAGCUUGGGUAACGAGGAUUUUUCAGAUGCUGUUCUCAUUCCUCUAUUUUUAAAAGAAAAAAAACGAAGAAAGAUUUUUGGCAAAAGAACUGAUGCAUAAUGAUAAUAAAUGUAUAAAUCCUUUAAAACAGUGUGUAGGCAAACCCGUCGAUCGCGAUCAAACGGUCGAUCUCAAGCCUAUUAUGAGUCCAUUGCGGCACUAUUUUGAGUCCUACUUUUUCUCUGACUAAAUUAUUAAACAUUAAUUUAUGGGGGGAAAAUUCGGUUUAACGUCUAAAUCAAAAGUUAUUUUAAAAUUUUCCAGACUUUUUAUAAUCACUGGAACUUUUUAGUCACAAUUUUAUCAAUUUUAAAGCAAAUAUUAUACUUGUUUCUGAAAAUAUUCUGAUAUUGGUUAACAAAAUAUUAUUUUUGCAAUUUAAAACAACUCUUAAUAAGUAUCAAAGUAUUUUAUAAGAGUUGAGUAAAAGAGAGUUAUUUAUAAGAGCUGACCUACAAUUUGGACUGAGCAUAGUUUCAACUCAACCCUGUAUGCAAAACAUCCAUUUUAGUCUCAAGUGUAUGCAUCAUGCCCCCCCACACACAAGUCGAUCUCGUGCUCACAUUAAACUUGGAAAGUAGAUCUUCAGUCAAUUUAGGUUGCCGACUGCUGCUUUAAAAUGUUUAAAUUUCAUUAACUG